AUGUCUCCUUCCCUCCUCCAAGCAUCCGCUGCAUCCUUCGUUCUCCUCUCUAUAGGACAUACGGUCAAUGGUAGGCAGUGGACCUCAGACCCCCGAUUCAGGGCCAUCGCAGGAACAAAGCCAUGGGCUAGUGGGACUGUAGGAUGGUAUCAGGGAAGUGCAUUCUUCUUCUUAACUGGUCUACUGCACUACCAAUGGUCUCGCGACCCAACAGCCCUCCAAGACCCAAUUAACAAGGCUAUUGCCGGUAUCGUUAAUGUACUGCUUUGGUCUAGUUCGGCUUGGUAUGUUAAGCACGGUAUUAAGGAUAAUGCUUUGGCUGUGGGGUUGUCUGCUGUUUUGCAGGCUUGGGGGGUUGUUCAGGCUAUUCUGUGA